AUAUUUAAUAAGCUCUCACAAUAAUCACUUCAUGUCCAGUCGAUGGAACGUAAAGUGCCCCAUCAAAAGGAAAUACCAAUCGUCCAAUAUAAGACUGAGUUUGAACAGUUAGCAGACAAGAAUUGGAGUUUGUUAGAAAGCUGGUUAGAAGAUUUUGAAAUUGUUUGUUAAAAUGACGGAACCCGGCCUAUGUCGUUCCGAUAACAGUUUGUUUUGGUGGGUUUGCUCUACGAUUUUUCUUCCGCUGACUCUACCUUACCUGCUUCUGAAGGUGAUCGGAAUCAUCAAAGAGCGAAAGUACCGAGAAUGUCUGCCUGGCAAGGUGGUGCUAAUAACUGGGGCCAGCUCGGGUUUGGGCGAGGCUUUGGCGCAUACGUUUUUCUUGGCCGGAUGCAAAGUGGUUCUGGCGGCUCGCAGGAAAGAUGAGCUGGAGCGGGUCCGCAAAGAUUUGCUGGAACUCCAUACGACCGUGGUCACCCAUUCGCCAGUUGUUAUCUCGAUAGAUUUGUCCGACAUAAAUUCACUUUCCGCAAAAGUGCAGGAAAUUCUCGAAAUACACGGACAAAUUGAUAUUAUCAUAAACAAUGCCGGAAUCAGUGUACGAUCCGGAUGUCUCUCAACGGCGAUGGACGUGGACAUUAAGGUGAUGCUGGUUAAUUACUUCGGAACAGUUGCACUGUCCAAGGCGUGCUUGCCGUCGAUGAUGAAGCGCAAAGAGGGAAGAAUCGUUUGCGUGUCGAGUGUUCAGGGCAAAUUCAGCAUCCCGCAUCGAUCGGCGUACGGGGCUUCGAAGCACGCACUCCAGGCUUUCUGCGACAGUCUUCGGGCGGAAAUGGCCGAUCAUAAUGUAAAGGUAACGCUGGUUUCGCCCGGUUAUAUCCGAACAGCACUGUCGUACAACGCUCUAACGGGAAGUGGCAGCCAGUAUGGAAAAAUGGACCCAACCACAGAGUCCGGUUACAGCCCGGAAAAGGUAGCAAAGCGCAUACUGAAAGCAGUUUUGCGGGAUGAACAGGAUGUUAUAGUUGCUCCAAUAGCGCCAUUGAUAGCAUACUGGAUUCGUCAUCUGUGUCCGCCGCUGUAUUUCUAUAUAAUGGCUAGACGUGCGAGGAAGCUCGAAGCAUCGGAUAAGGUUAAGUGAUGAAUUGAACCGAAGGUCAUUCUGAUCAAACACUUGACAAUUUCCGAUAGAAACAACAAAUUAUUCAACAAUAAAUCGCAGUGCUGCUGAAUAACUUACCUGCAAUAUGCUAAAAACAACAAAAAAACUGCAUUGUGCAUAGAAUAUAGAAUGUGUAGUUUUCAAUUAUUCAAAAACAGAAACAAGUAUAACAGAUAUUAAAAAAAAAGAA